UGUUAGUCCAACACAUCAGACACGACCUCUGCAGCUCUCAGUUGAUGUGCACAUGAAUGAUUUGUGUUUCCUCUGCAGGUAGAAAGUGUGUGUGAGCUGAAUUGAGCAGCAUGGAUCAGUGUGAGGACAGAGAGGAGGGAGUCCCUCCCUCUAAAAGCACUCUGUGUGGGGAACAUGAGAGCCAGACCAAAGCUCAGAGGAAGAAACGUAGAAGGAGAACGAAACGUAAACCUAAAUAUGAACCAGAAACUGGACCUGAACCCAGCUGUGAGUCCGGAGAGAGUGACUGGUCUGCAGAGCAACCCAUUAGUUUUAAAGUCUCUGCUGCAGAGGGACUGACUGAAGUCCACAAGAUGAUGGAGGAGGAGGAGGACAGAGCAGUGUCUGCAGGAUCCAGCUGUGAAAGUGACCACUCCAGAGAUUACCCUCCGUACUUCAGUGGUGAACCUGGACCAACGAGAGUGGACCAGCAGAGCUCAGAGGUUCCCAGUGGUCAGUCUGCCCAGCAGCAUCAAACACAGCUGGACUCCAUAUUUAUGCUGCUGGAGGACAACAUCAUCACUUUUGUGAAGAACGAGCUGAAGAAGAUUCAGAAGGUUCUGAUUCUAGAUUACCCAGAAUGCUUAGAGAGUCAGAGGGUGCAUGAUGAGCAGAGGAGGAGCAGCAGAGAGGCUUUUGUCAAGAUCACAGUGAACUUCCUGAGGAGAAUGAAGCAGGAGGAGCUGGCUAACCAUCUGCAGAGCAAACUUCCUGCUGCAGUUUGUCAUCGUAACCUUAAAUCUGCACUGAAGAAGAAGUUCCAGUGUGUGUUUGAGGGGAUUGCUAAAGCAGGAAACCCAACCCUUCUGAAUCAGAUCUACACAGAGCUCUACAUCACAGAGGGAGGGACUGCAGAGGUCAAUGAUGAACAUGAGGUCAGACAGAUUGAAACAGCAUCCAGGAAACCAGACAGACCAGAAACAACCAUCAGACAAGAAGACAUCUUUAAAGCCUCACCUGGAAGAGACGAACCAAUCAGAACAGUGCUGACAAAGGGAGUGGCUGGCAUUGGGAAAACAGUCUUAACACAGAAAUACACCCUGGACUGGGCCGAAGACAAAGCCAACCAGGACAUCCAGUUCAUAUUUCCAUUCACUUUCAGAGAGCUGAAUGUGCUGAAAGAGGAAAAGUUCAGCUUGGUGGGACUUGUUCAUCACUUCUUUACUGAAACCAAAGAAGCAGGAAUCUGCAGCUUUGAAGACUUCCAGGUUGUGUUCAUCUUUGAUGGUCUGGAUGAGUGUCGACUUCCUCUGGACUUCCACAAAACUACAAUCCUGACUGACCCUAGAAAGUCCACCUCAGUGGAUGAGCUGCUGAUAAACCUCAUCAGGGGGGAACUGCUUCCCUCUGCUCGCCUCUGGAUAACCACACGACCUGCAGCAGCCAAUCAGAUCCCUCCUGACUGUGUUGGCAUGGUGACAGAGGUCAGAGGGUUCACUGACCCACAGAAGGAGGAGUACUUCAGGAAGAGAUUCAGAGAUGAGGAGCAGGCCAGCAGGAUCAUCUCCCACAUCAAGACAUCACGAAGCCUCCACAUCAUGUGCCACAUCCCAGUCUUCUGCUGGAUCACUGCUACAGUUCUGGAGGAUGUGCUGGAAACCAGAGAGGGAGGACAGCUGCCCAAGACCCUGACUGAGAUGUACAUCCACUUCCUGGUGGUUCAGGCCAAAGUGAUGAAGGUCAAAUAUGAUGGAGGAGCUGAGACAGAUCCACACUGGAGUCCAGAGAGCAGGAAGAUGAUUGAGUCUCUGGGAAAACUGGCGUUUGAUCAGCUGCAGAAAGGAAACCUGAUUGUCUAUGAAUCAGAUCUGACAGAGUGUGGCAUCGAUAUCAGAGCAGCCUCAGUGUACUCAGGAGUGUUCACACAGAUCUUUAAAGAGGAGAGAGGACUGUACCAGGACAAGGUGUUCUGCUUCAUCCAUCUGAGUGUUCAGGAGUUUCUGGCUGCUCUUCAUGUCCAUCUGACCUUCAUCAACACUGGACUCAAUCUGCUGGAAGAACAACAAACAAUGUCCAUGUGGUCUAAAUUAUUUGAUAAACCAAAACUCCAAUCUCUUCACCAGAGUGCUGUGAACAAGGCCUUACAGAGUCCAAAUGGACACCUGGACUUGUUCCUCCGCUUCCUCCUGGGUCUUUCACUGCAGACCAAUCAGACUCUCCUACAAGGCCUGCUGACACAGACAGGAAGUAGCUCACUGACUAAUCAGGAAACAGUCCAGUACAUCAAGGAGAAGCUCAGUGAGAAUAUGUCUGCAGAGAAAACCAUCAAUCUGUUCCACUGUCUGAAUGAACUGAAUGAUCGUUCUCUAGUGGAGGAGAUCCAACAGUCCCUGAGAUCAGGACGUCUCUCCACUGAUAAACUGUCUCCUGCUCAGUGGUCAGCUCUGGUCUUCAUCUUACUGUCAUCAGAAAAAGAUCUGGAUGUGUUUGACCUGAAGAAAUACUCUGCUUCAGAGGAGACUCUUCUGAGGCUGCUGCCAGUGGUCAAAGCCUCCAACAAAGCUCUACUGAGUGGCUGUAACCUGUCAGACAGAAGCUGUGAAACGCUGUCCUCAGUGCUGAGCUCCCAGUCCUCCCGUCUGAAAGAGCUGGAUCUGGGUAACAACAACCUGCAGGAUUCAGGAGUGAAGCUUCUGUCUGCUGGGAUGAAGAGUCAAUACUGCAAACUGGAAACGCUGAGACUGAGUGGCUGUAACCUGUCAGACAGAAGCUGUGAAACGCUGUCCUCAGUGCUGAGCUCCCAGUCCUCUAGUCUGACAGAGCUGGAUCUGGGUAACAACAACCUGCAGGAUUCAGGCGUGAAGCUUCUGUCUGCUGGGAUGAAGAGUCAAUACUGCAAACUGGAAACGCUGAGACUGAGUGGCUGUAAUCUGUCAGACAGAAGCUGUGAAGCUCUGUCCUCAGUGCUGAGCUCCCAGUCCUCUAGUCUGAGAGAAUUGGACCUGGGUAACAACAACCUGCAGGAUUCAGGACUGAAUCUUCUAAUUUCUGCAGUGGAAAGUCCAAAGUGUACAAUUCUCAGGGUGGAGCCUGCUGGCGUCCGAUGGUUGAGACCAGGUCUGAGGAAGUAUUCCUGUCAACUCACAAUCGACACAAACACAGUGAACACAAACCUCCAACUGUCUGACAACAACAGGAAGGUGACACGUGUGGAGGAGGUUCAGUCAUAUCCUGAUCAUCCAGACAGAUUUGAUGUUCCUCAGCUGCUGUGUAGAAAUGGCCUCACUGGUCGCUGUUACUGGGAGGUCGAGUGGAGAGGAGGCGUUUGUAUAUCAGUGAGUUACAGAAGAAUCAGAAGGAAAGGAGGCAGAGACUGUGUGUUUGGACUCAAUGAUCAGUCCUGGAGUCUGUUCUGCUGUGAUGAUGCUCCUCAGUCUGUCUGGCACAAUAACAUAGACACAUCCAUCUCCUCCUCCUCCUCCUCCUCCUCCUCCUCUGCCUCUCACAGAGUAGCAGUGUAUGUGGACUGUCCUGCUGGCACUCUGUCCUUCUACAGAGUCUCCUCUGACACUCUGAUCCACCUCCACACCUUCAACACCACAUUCACUCAAACUCUUUAUCCUGGGUUUAGACUCUGGUCUCAUGGUGCCUCAGUGUCCCUGUGCUGAGUGAGCAAACGUGAAAACGUCCAGAUGAACAGAAUCAAGCUUUUGGGAUCAGCCAGCAAUGCAGCAUCAUUGUUGUUCAGGUUCAGAGGUUUGCAGGAAUGAACUGAUGACCAGAAACAGCUGCAGAGUCCAAUCAAAUACCAGCUGGAGUUCAGCUGCAUUUGAAGAAGUCAAAGAAAAGUAAGGAUGUCAAAGGGCGAUGUUUUCUUCCAAAGAACUGAAAACAUGGUCGACGCCUCAUUAGAAGAAUAAUCUGGACAUUUGUGAGGAACUCUAACCAAGAAAGCAACACAAGAAAGCAACGUCACACAGAUCCAACAGACAGUUUCCAUGACUGCAAGUGUUGAGUGGAAAAAUGCUCCAUUGCAUUAUUGCAUCCUCUCACCACAGGAGGCGCUGUUGGCACCACUGAUUGCUGAUCAUCUCUGAUGAUCUGAUUGAUCCUGUGAAUAACGGGACUCACUGAACUCUGUGACACAGUGAAGAUCACAGAGUUUAACAUCUGACUGACGUCACACAGACAGAAGGAUGAACCAGUGAGGCACAGAACACAGUUACUGGAGAUACUGGAUCAGCUCCAUGUGAACCUCUGAUGGAGAAGCUGCUGACCCAGAGAAACAUCAGGACAUGACAGGCAGCUGCACUGAUCUAACAACAUGUAGCAGAGCUGAUCUAUGUUAGAGGAUCUAUGACAGCAGCUGAAAGUCCAACACUGGAUACCAGCUGAGCCUGUGCUGAGUGUUACAGGAAAAGAAACACUGACACUGGGAGACACAGUGAUGCUGACUGGGGCACAGAGCAGAAUGAUGCAGCAAUAACACAGAGAGACACAACCACUCACAGUUAACCUGACCCCACUAACUGCAUGUGUUUGGACUGUGGGAGGAAGCCGGAGUACCAGAGAGGACGCACACAAACACGGGAGAACAUGAAGCACUGAAACAAAGAUGGUGGAUUUGACCUCAGGACCAGGCGUGUCAUUUCCAGGGGGGUUACGGGGGUCAUGACCCCCAAUAAUCAGAUCCAGCCAAUAUAAUUUCAUCAUUCCAGUUUAUAAAAUUAUUAAUUAUCUUGAAUAAAUAGCUUGUCGAGUUUCUUUAAUCAUUUUAAUUAUUAUCAGCAAAAUAGUUUCAUGUUUAAUCAUCUAGUAAUGUAACCCCGCCUCCUCCGCUGCAUACUUGGUAUUACCCAACCAGCUUUCUCUACCAAACCUUCACUGUUUGCUGUAUGUUUGUUAGCGCAGUCGCUGGUGCCAGAGACUGCCGGUGACUUCAGUCUGAGGGUUUGAAGUUUCCAUGUCUGUGUGAUGUGUGGUGUGAAGGCUGCUGGUUAAACUGGGACUCACUGUUUAAAGCACUGAGUGCUCAUAGAGAGAUGCUCCAUGAGUCCCAGUACAGACUACAAACAUGGUGGAAACUUAGCUUUGAUAUCCACACACUCUGCACGUCUGUGAGUAACUGUGAUGAAGAUGUGCAGAGAUCUGUGUCCAAACAGGAGAAAGACUGUAAAGACUCUGUGCUUCUAACAGCCUCUGUUAACAUAUGUGAGGCUGUUUGUUGUUGUUGCCAUGGAGCUUUUCACUGUUUGGGUCAGCAGGUCAUGUGAUCAGGUUUGUUCUGCUGGACGAUGGUUCAGUGUCAGGGUUUGUUUGCAUUCAUCAAUAAAUAUCUAAAUAAAUCAAAGA